GCUGAUUCACGGAGGGCAGCUGUUAAAUGGCUUGGCGGGGCCAACUGUGAUGAACGCGGCACCAUUUCUUUCCACAACGUGGUUUUCUCCGGAUGAACGUGCCACAGCAACAGCCAUCGCGUCGCUGCUCAAUUACCUGGGCGCUGCUGGCGCGUUUCUAGUGGGACCUCUUAUAGUGCCAUCUCCUAAUGGAACAUCUCACCUCCCACUGGUGUCGCAGAGCAACACUGAGCACAUCAAGGACCGCAUCGAGGCUGUGCUGUAUGCAGAAUUUGGAAUGGUUUCCCUGAUAUUUUCCGCAGCGUUGGCCUACUUCCCCUCGCGCCCUCCGUUCCCUCCCAGCGUGGCUGCGGCGAGUCAACGGCUCAGCUACAGGAGAAGUUUUUGCCGACUCUUAAGCAAUUUCCGAUUCUUGAUGAUUGCUUUAGCCUAUGCUAUACCACUGGGUGUUUUCUCUGGCUGGUCUGGUGUUCUGGAUUUGAUAUUAACUCCAGUUCAUGUAAGCCAAGUAGAUGCAGGCUGGAUUGGAUUUUGGUCUAUAGUUGGAGGUUGUGUUGUUGGCAUAGCAAUGGCGAGAUUUGCAGAUUUUAUCAGGGGCAUGCUGAAGUUCAUACUGCUGCUGCUAUUAUCUGGAGCAACGUUAGCGUCAACCUGGUUCACUCUCACCUGUCUAACUACUGUCACUCAUCUGCCUUUAACCACAGCUACACUGUACACAUCCUGCAUUUUGUUGGGUAUAUUCCUCAACAGCAGCGUACCAAUAUUCUUUGAGCUCUUUGUGGAAACGGUCUACCCUGUUCCAGAAGGAAUUACCUGUGGAGUUGUCACCUUUUUGAGUAAUGUGUUUAUGGGAGUGCUUUUGUUUUUCCUCACAUUUUACCAUACAGAGUUUUCUUGGUUCAACUGGUGCCUGCCAGGAUCGUGUCUGCUCAGCCUGCUCCUCAUCCUGUGCUUCCGCGAGUCCUACGACAGACUCUAUCUUGAUGUCGUCGUCUCUGUGUGAUAACGCUGGACUGGUGAGGGGUUGGAAGAGACUGGAAGCUUUACAGCCUGCACAUCUGCCUGGAUUUGCAUGGCUGAGCAGUGGAAAAACAAAGAAAUCCCAAGACUUAACUGUGGCUUUAUUAGAGAGGGUGAGGGACAGGCUGUUCUUACAUUCAAGGCCACCUUGAUUUGCGAUAAACAUGGAACUUGAGUGGUGAUAACGAUGCCGAAAUGCGCAAAGAGACUAUAUCUGAUGUACAGGUCCCGGUGUCAGAGCUGGGGCUCUUUAUUUAAAAGGCUGUUGAUGUAGCAGU